UCGGCAAAACAGCUAGCGGCCUAAAUGAAAUAUCAGCAAACUGUAGCAACCCACUGGAAAUUCUGUGUCAGAGCAAUGUCACAUGCGGUUAUAUGUUGCAUGUCUGCACCUGAAAGUAGGCUACACACAGCACAUGCGAGGCGCUCGUCCGUUGAGGAGUUUCCACUGAGGGCGGCGCUACGCUCUUUUCAGGAAGUGCUGGGACAGAGGAAAUUUUGUUUUCGUGGUAAAUAAAAAAAAAUUCCUCGUUUAUGACAUUCAUAACCAGGUGUGGUAUGUUUGCACGUCCACAUAACUUCUAUCACAGCAAAACAAACGCGUCUGCGCGAGAUGAUCCGAGAUGGCUGCAGUAACUCUCGUGGAUCUCACACAGGUCCGCUCUUCACAAUAUGGCAUUUGUGUGAAAAAGCGCAUCGGCGAGUUCUGUGCAUUGACCGGGAAUGGCUCACAAGAGCCGGUCUUCUUCAUAGCGGAUCCAGAGAGCUCCGUGGGGACGGGCAGAUUUCCUAGAAGCUCUAAUCAGGAGAUGUUUAUCGGUUUCAGCAAUUCCCCACAGGUCCUGUGCAAGAGCUCGCUUUCAGCCGCAUUAUACUCAUUCAAGAAGGCUAUAGACAAAAAGGACAUUAGUAACGUGAAGAUCGUGACUUCGAGCCGCGGGAGAGGAUUGUUUCAGGUCUACCAGGAGCUCCUUUUCACUUCUGCGUAUAAUUUUGAGUACAGUAUCAUGUUUGACAAUCUGUCCUGUGAGUGCUGUCCCCCGGGUCAGCGCACAGACAGCAGCGCGCAGGCAGCUGACGCUAAACGUGAGCUCGGCACGUUUCUACAGCACCUACCAGCGCUCAAAGGAGACAUUGCAAUUCUCAGAUCUUCUUUAAUUUCAGACUGCUUCGGUCAUGGCUUCUCCACUCGUACCGGAGGUAUAUCCUACAUCAGAACUUUGAGCUCACUCAACCUCUUCUGUAACCCGCGGCGUAAAGACUCCAGAGCUGUGGUGGCCGAGAACCUCCGGCGGCUCGGCCUGCAGGCUGGAUUUCACCCUCAACAGCUCAACCUCAUAAAGUGCAAUCAUGCCAGUGAUGUGUGGGUGAUGGGCAAACCCGCCCCCGACAGUUACGACGGAAUGGUGACCAAUCAGGUGGGAGUUGUCAUAGCAGCACCGGGGGCCGAUUGCAUGCCGCUGCUCUUCACUGACCCCGUAGCAAAGGUUAUUGGAGUGGCACAUGCAGGCUGGAAGGGGACCCUCAUGGGAAUUGCAAUGGCAACGGUGAAUGCCAUGGUGUCAGAGUUUGGCAGCAGGCCUGCAGACAUUGUGUGUGUGAUCGGGCCUUCUGUUGGGCCAUGCUGCUUUACUCUGGAGCAAGAUUCGGCCCGAGAGUUUCACGCCAUACACCCAGACUGUGUUAGACACAUCGACUCAUCUAGACCUUGUGUCGACAUCAGACUCGCAACCAGAAUCCUGCUGGCGAGAGGUGGCAUUAAACCCGAACACAUCGAGGACAUCAGGAUCCCACACCAAUCGGAGUCUACACUCUGCACCUCCUGCCAUCCUGAACUAUUCUUCUCCCAUGUGAGAGAUGGACUCAACUUUGGGACACAAAUUGGCUUUGUGUGGAUCAAAUAAUCCUGCAUUCACCAAGCUCUGACCGAAUGUGCAGUGUAUUCAUUUAUGGGGAAGAAUCUAAAUGACAGUACAUAAAUAUAUUCAUAUGAUAAAUUAAUUGGUAUGGAAUGAUCUCACAUUGGACACUGAAAUAAACAUUUUCAUUUGGUUAGUUCACAAAUGUCACUCCACAGGACUGAAGAAUUAGCUUCACAUACAUACAUACAAAAAAAAAUACACUUGUAAUUAAUAGUAGGGGGUCGAACUUCCUUAUUUGCUAACUUUUAAAUUUACCUAAAAGCUUACUGCUGGUCGGUGUCUUGAUCAGCAGCAUUUUCAAGAUUUUGUCACUCUUCAGGUGAAUGAAUUGUGACAGUUGUCUAGACUAUGUAAUAUACAUUUAUAUUUAAAUAGUAUUUAUAUCCAAAUUGUUCAUUUUGAAACAAAAGGAUAGUUCUACAUCGCAGGAAAAUUCCCACGUUUUAUUUGAAUUGCUAAAUGUGAAUGGCUAAAAUGUUAAAACUAUGAAUUAUAAUAGGUAAUUUAAUGUUUGUGACAAAAUCUGUGAUGUGGUCCAGACAAUAAAAAGAUGGGGGGGAAGCAUAAGCCUUUUUCAACAA